UGGGGGGGUCAGGGACCUUGUGAUGGGGUGCAGGGGUCGCAGGGGGCGCAGAGACCCCCAUGGUGGCGUCAGGAAACCCAUGGGAGGGUGGUGGGACCCCAGAGAGGGACACAGGGACCCCAGAGAGGGCUUUGGGACGCCAGAGGCGAGUCAGGGAUCCCAUGGGAGGAUGCAGGGACUCCAUGGGGAGGGCACGGACCCCAUGGAAGGGGGUCAGUCAGGGACCCCAUCGGUGGUUCUGGGGACCCCAUGGGAGGAUGCUGGGCCUCAGGGGGAUGUUUAGGGACCCCAUGCAGGGGUGGGGUCAGAAGGGGACCCCACAGCUGCGGGGUGCAGUGGCCCCAUGGGGGAAGGGGGGGCUCUUCCCGUCCCCCAGGUCUGGGGGCCAUGGCAGAGCAGGCCCGGGAGCUGGAGCCGGGCUGGCUCCUGUCCCCCGCCGGCCGCCCCUACCUGGACUCCAUCCUCCACAAGAACCAGCGGAGAGCGUUCGGUCUGCUGGAGCGCCCGGCGCUGCCGCCCGCCCUGGCCGUGCCCACGGUCACCUACAAACUCUUCCUGGCGGGACGGAGCGGCGUGGGCAAGACGGCGCUGGUGGCCUGGCUGGGGGGGACCCCCGCGCCCCCCGCCCACCACGAGACCCUGGGGAUCGAGGCCACCACGCUGUUCUGGCCGGCCAAGCCCCGCGCCAGCGGCCGCCCCGUCCUGUUCCAGCUGCACCUCUGGGACUGCGGCGACGGAGCGCUCAGGAAAUUCGAGCAUCUGCUGCCCGCCUGCAAGGAGGAGGCGGAUGCCGCCCUGUUCCUGUUCUCCUUCACGGACCGCGCGUCCUUCGAGGAGCUGCCGGCGCUCAUGGGCCGCGUGCUGGGCCCCGGGGACCGCGGCCUCGUCAGGGUGGUCGUGGGCACCAAAUUCGACCUGGCCCCACACGCGGCCGUGACGGAGGGGGACGUGAGGGCCUUCGAGGGGACGUGGGGGCUGCGGGUGCUGCGGGCGGGGGGAGCCCCGGGGGCCGGCGGGGCCCGGGCGGGGCUGGCCCGGGUCGCCCCUGUCCUGGACGCGCUGGUCGAGGGGCUCUGGCGGCGCGACCAAGUGACCGCCGGCAUCACCCCGGGGGACAAGGGGGACCCCCCGAUCUGAGCCCCCUCUUGGGGUGGGUUUGGGGGGCUGGGAGGGGUAAAGGUGCUCUUUUGCUAAAA